UGUGUCAGUACUUUAACCCUCUCUUACCCUCCUUGUCGCCUUUUCCCCUCGAAUUCUCUCCACUCACUUUCACUUCGUUCUUCCUUUCUUAUCUUACGUCCCUCCUGGCGUUUGGAUGUUCUAUUCCUCAUAGUGUGUUCUGAUAGAAAGCAGCUCGCUUUAGACGGACUAUACUGUAUACACUUCCUCAGUCCCCUGGUUGAUACCCCUGUUGAUCCGCACCAUCCACCCCCUCAUCCAACAUGGGUUUACACGAAGACGAAGACCAGAAGUAUCUGGAAGACGUCCAAGCCGUCAACACCUGGUGGCAGGACUCCCGAUGGAGACAUACCAAGCGGCCCUUCACGUCGGAGCAGAUUGUCGCCAAGCGGGGCAACCUGAAGAUCGAAUAUCCAUCCAAUGUGCAGGCCAAGAAGCUCUGGAAGAUCUUGGAGAGCAACUUUGAGAAAAAGGUUGCCAGUUUCACCUAUGGAUGUCUCGACCCCACCAUGGUCACCCAGAUGGCCAAGUACCUCGACACCGUCUAUGUUUCUGGCUGGCAAAGCUCGUCCACUGCCUCUUCCACCGAUGAGCCGUCGCCGGAUUUGGCUGACUACCCCAUGAACACCGUCCCCAACAAGGUCAACCAGCUCUUCCUGGCCCAAUUGUUCCAUGACCGGAAACAACGAGAGGAGCGCAUCACCACCCCUAAGGAGCAGCGCAGUAAAGUGGCGAACAUCGACUACUUGCGGCCCAUUAUCGCGGACGCUGAUACUGGCCACGGUGGGUUGACCGCGGUGAUGAAGCUGACCAAGCUAUUCGUUGAACGCGGUGCGGCGGGUAUCCACAUCGAGGAUCAGGCUCCAGGCACCAAGAAGUGUGGCCACAUGGCCGGUAAGGUGUUGGUCCCGAUCAGCGAACACAUCAACCGCCUCGUUGCUAUUCGUGCGCAGGCCGAUAUUAUGGGAACGGAUCUCCUGGCGAUUGCCCGAACCGACUCCGAGGCGGCCACCCUCAUCACCUCCACCAUCGACCACCGAGACCACGGUUUCAUUAUCGGCUCCACCAAUCCCAAGCUGGAGCCUCUGAACGACCUCAUGGUUGCUGCCGAGCAAGCCGGCAAGUCCGGGAGCGAACUGCAGGCGAUUGAAGACCAAUGGACCGCUCAAGCUGGCUUGAAGCUGUUCAACGAGGCCGUCGUUGACGCAAUCAACCAGAGCUCCCACAACAACAAGAAAGCCGCUGUUGACGACUACCUGCGCCAGGCUAAGGGCAAAAGCAACCGCGAGGCCCGCGCCAUCGCCAAAAGCAUCACCGGCGCCGACAUCUUCUGGGACUGGGAUGCCCCGCGUACACGCGAGGGUUUCUACCGGUACAAGGGCGGCACCCAGUGCGCGGUCAACCGGGCCGUCGCCUACGCCCCCUUUGCGGACCUAAUCUGGAUGGAGAGCAAGCUGCCGGACUACGCCCAGGCGAAGGAAUUCGCCGAUGGCGUUCACGCCGUAUGGCCCAAGCAAAAACUCGCGUACAACCUGUCGCCCUCGUUCAACUGGAAGAAGGCGAUGUCCCGCGACGAGCAGGAGACGUACAUCAAGCGCUUGGGCGCGCUGGGAUACUGCUGGCAGUUCAUCACCCUGGCGGGCCUGCACACCACCGCACUGAUCACAGACCAGUUCGCCAAGGCGUACGCGAAGCAGGGCAUGCGCGCGUACGGCGAGCUGGUGCAGGAGCCCGAGAUCGAGCAGGGCGUCGACGUCGUCACGCACCAGAAGUGGAGCGGCGCCAACUACGUGGACAACCUGCUCAAGAUGGUCACGGGCGGCAUCAGCAGCACCGCGGCCAUGGGCAAGGGCGUAACGGAGGAUCAGUUCAAGCAUUGAUGCUGUGUUGGAGGGGUCGAAUUGAUGUAAUUUGGUAGAUACCUAUAGUCAGUACCUAUGUUGAUAGC